CACCUUCUUGUUCUCCCUGCGCUGGCGCAACUUCCUCUCUCUUUCGAUACCAAGCAUGCAUGCCUUCAACUUGCUUCUGCCCGUCACCGCGCUGGUCGCGGCGACGCUGGCACAGCCCAUUGACGACGCCGGCAGCCUGGAGCGCCGCGUCGUGCUGACGCCCGAGCUGGCGCAGCAGAUCGAGGCCAACGGCGGCUUCCGCACGCCGCUCGCCACCAUCAACGGGCGCCCGCUGAGCAUCAAGAUGGCCGGCCGCGGCCUCGGCGCCAGCCCGGAGGACGACGUCGAGCUGGCACGCCGCUACUUUGCGCCCGAGCUGGAGCAACAGCUCAUGAACUCUGGCCACCUGCCGCCUCCGCCUGACCACUCCAUCCACGGCGUGCGCCCGCUCAGCGUCAAGCCCAAGCUCGAGGACGCCGACGACGAGGCGGCCAAGCUGGACCGUCGCAUCGUCAUCACGCCCGAGAUGCAGCAGCAGCUCGCCGCCGAGGGCAAGACGGCGCCGUUUUUCCCGCAGAUACCGGAGAUUGGGCCCAACCACGUCCGACCGCAGGUGCUGCGCCGCCGCGAGUACGACGUCGAGCCGAAGCGGCGCCUCACCUCGUCCUUUGGCUGUCACCCACCAGAGUGCGUGGCGUCGCCGCCGCCGGGCUACGACGCGUCAAAGACCAAUCUCUUCGCCGACCCCAAUGUCUUUCGCCGUCUGCUGUCGUUCAAGCCCGAGCCCAAGCCCGACGACAACGAGCCCAAGCCCGACGACAAGCAGCGCUGGGAGGAUCUGGUCAAGGCUUUGAAGGGCAUCAUGCCCGGCAUGAAUCAGCACGAUGCGUCGCCAGUGCGGCGCCUCAACCCUGCCAUGGCUGUUCCUGAGGGCGAGAAGCCAAAGCCCGAGCCUUCACCCGAGGACAAGAAGCGCUUCGAGGCCCUGCUCAAGGCGCUCAAGAGCAUCGUGCCCGGCAUGAAGCAGCGCGACGCUGCCCGCGCGCCGACGGUGCACGACGCAGUCGUGCGCAGCCCUCACCCGCUCUCGUAGUGACCUGCUCUUGCAAUGCAUGCGUAU